CCAAGCGGUCUCAUCAGUCUUGAUCUAGUCUUGCUUUUGGAUAUUUCGGAAUUGGCUUGAGUUCAUCAUGAAAUCGUUCACUUGUAUUGUGGUCGUUACGACCGCAUUGAUUGCCUGUGGUCAGGCGCAUACCCUGCAAAAACGUUCUUUGGGAGCCUUACUAGGAGGAGGAGGCGGCGGCGGCGGUGGUGGCGGCUGGAAUAGUGGCGGUGGCGGCGGUGGCGGCGGCGGCAUUGGCUCUUUGAUCCAACAAAAACUGGGUGGUUUACUUGGUGGUGGUGGCGGAGGCGGCGGCGGUGGUGGUGGCGGUCAGAGAGGUUGGAGUGGCGGCAGCGGCGGUGGUGGUGGUGGUGGUUGGAAUGGCGGCGGCGGCGGCGGUGGUGGUGGUGGCGUCAGUAAGGUCUAUGUCGUUCAUGUUUCGAAUGGAGGCGGUGGUUACGGCGGUGGCGGCGGUCACGGCGGCUGGAACGGCGGCGGCGGUGGUUAUGGCGGUGGUAAUGGUGGCUGGAGCGGCGGUGGUGGCAACGGCGGCUGGGGCGGCGGUUGGUAAAUUAUCAACCUUAUCAAGUCAUUUCGAAAGCACUACACCACAAAGUACAUAAUUAGUUUAAUUAUAAGAAUAUGCAGGUAUAAGCAACAUUUCUAGUAAGGGUUCAUUUCAAAGAUGAAACAAAGCAAAUUAAGGAA